GUCUUUAUAGUCUGUGCGCGCGAGUCGACGGACGCGCUCCCGCCUCGCCUUGCCGCCCGCUCGCGAGUCACAGGAAACUAUCGAGUAUUGCCACGAAAUGAGCUGGGACCAGAAACGGGAACGCAAGUGCGACAAGCUGGAGAUCAAUGAGGCAGUCGGCAAGUUGCUGCAGUCCUUCAAUUAUGACACCAUCGUGCCACAGCCCGCUAAAGGCGGAGGUGCGACGCGCCACGGACACGUGAAACGUCCUAUGAACGCAUUCAUGGUGUUCGCGCAGGCGAUGCGGCGUCGCCUCUCCGAGCAGCGGCCCUCUCUGCACAACGCUGAGCUCAGCAAGUCUCUUGGCUCCAUGUGGAAAAGUUUAAGCGAAGAACAAAAACUGCCGUUCGUUAAAGAAGCAGAAAAGUUAAGAGCUCAACAUAAAAAGGAGUACCCGGACUACAAAUACCAGCCGCGGCGCCGCAAACCUCCUCCCACCGCCUCCUCGGCCGCUAGGCUUAAACGAGAACAUUCACCAGAAAGAGAGCAAAUCGACUUCUCCCGGAUAGACGUCGACGGACCAUUGCUGCCCGACGGACCGCCAGAUGGCGCUGAAUUAGACCAAUACUUAAAACCGACAACAAUACCAGAUUACCACGAAAUGCAACCACAUUACCCCUCCCAUGGGCUGCCAUACCACGCCUCCGCUGUCUUCACUCCAGUUCCGUCACAUUUGCACCCUCCGUGCACGGACUGGCAACAUUAUCCGCGUCCUUAAAAAUGCCAAGUUUUCCAAAAGUUAUAAUCUCAAGAACAUUUAGUUAUAGUUUGACCAACUUAUCACUAGUUCAAAAUUUGAAACUACAAAAUAGCGUCUGCCAAUUAGCUGUCUCUAUUAUUGAUGUUGGUAACACCGCUUUCUUUGCAGAUGACUUGGUCCGUCUAUAACAUCUCGUUAACUUUAGUGCGGUAGUAGAUAUCAGUUUAAAACAUGUAUAAUUGAUAACUGCGACUGCUGUGUUAGGUUAGGUUUGUAAAUAUAUAUUUAUAUAUGUUUUAUUUGAUAGUAAAGCGCUACGCCCAACGCGCACGUGCGUUUAAUCAAAACUAAUGUAAACAUUUGCAAAAUAGCAACGCAUGUAAGUAUGCCUACUUUAUAUUUAUAAAAAUAAUAUUUAAAUAAAACUCAUAUGGAUAACAUUUUGAAUGGGCUUAACAAAAGAGAGAGAGACAGAGAGAAAAAAAAUCAUUGUAAAAUAAAAUGCCUGUGGAUUUUAGAUAAUUUGCAUUAGAUCUUUAUUAUUCGUAAGUAUGUAAUUAUUUUUGAGGGUGUUAGUAAUUAAAAAACAACUUAGACUGUUAAUUUCAUGGUUAAGAAAAGCUAGGUUAUAAAACCAGUCCUCAUAUUUCCAAAGCUUAAAUGAUACGCAACAGUUAAGUUAAGUAAAUUAAAAGUUACAUAUAUUAAUACGUUUAAGUUAUUAUU